AUGGUUGGUUCAAUCUUCAAGACCGCGCUGGCGACUCUCGUCGCCCUCCAGGCACGGGCUGUAGAGGGCGCGCAACGCAGCUCGAGCCCGAAGAGCCACUGGGUCGACAUUUGGGGCUCCAUGCCACAGCUGGUCGAGUACACAAACAUGCCGCCGCCUCCUUUCAACGAAUCUGGCAUCGUUUUUCAGAAUGCCUCGCUGCGGCAGACCAUCUUCAUCACGCAGUCGGCGCCCACGAUCCGUCUGGUCAUCUCCAACGCCUUUGGCGGCUCGGACCUGCCCAUCUCGUCGGCCACCCUGGCUGUGCCUCUGAACGGCUCGGCAGGGACGUCGGCCAUCAAGCCCGAGUCCCUAGCACAGGUGACUUGGUCGGGCGGCCUGACCAACAUCACGAUCCCGGACGGCGCCCGCGCGAUCUCAGACCCCAUCCAAUACCCGGCCACGGCGCAGGAGAUCCUCACGAUCAGCAUGUACCUCGCGACAGGACAGACCACCAAUCUCAUCACAGGCCACCCGGGGUCUCGGACCAACUCGUACUAUUCCCCUGGCAACGUGACCGCCCUGGCUGAUGUGGCGACCCUCAACGCGACCCAGACGAGCCAGCACUGGUACUUUAUCUCAGCGGUCGAGGGCUAUCUGCCCACGUCACUCGGGACACGUGCCAUCUCCAUCAUCGGUGACUCCAUCACGGACGGGCGCGAGAGCGACAACAACGAAAACGACCGGUGGCCAGAUAAUGUCCUGCGCAGGCUCCAGGCGCCCAACGCCACGGCUGUGCAGAAGAACAUCGCGGUGAUCAACCAGGCGGCCGGCGGGAACCGCGUGCUCUACGACGGCAACGGACCCAACGCCCUGGGGCGGGUGGACAGGGACGUGCUGGCGCAGUCUGGCGUGACGUACGCCAUGGUGUUCGAGGGCGUCAACGACAUCGGCACGGCGGGGACGGACGCGGCCAGCCAGGCCAAUGUGGGCGACAGGCUGAUUUCGGCAUUUGAUCAGAUGAUCUCCAUGGUACACGCCAAGAACAUCCCCAUGUUCGGAGCAACCAUCACGCCGUUCGGGGGCGAGGGACAGGCAUACAGCGACCCGAACCGCGAGGCGACAAGGCAGCGGGUGAACAAGUGGAUUCGAGAGUCUGGGCGGUACGAUGCGGUCGUGGACUUCGACGCGGUGAUUCGGGACCCGGCCAACGUCAGUAUUAUCAACCCAGAAUAUGAUUCGGGUGACCACCUUCAUCCAAACGAGCUGGGAUACACGCUCAUGGCCGAGGCAUUUGACCUGAGCCUGUUCGAUAAGUACCAAAACGGGGUGGAAGAAAGAAUAUAG